GAGUACAGCAACGAUGAGGCCGUGGAGUUGAAGGUAAAUAAGCUGACGUCGGCAAAGACUCAGCUUCCGUACAGCUACUACACCUUGGCUUUCUGCACGCCCACGGAUGGUGUCAAAGCCACAACAGAAAACCUCGGUGAGCAAAUGAUGGGGGACGUUAUUGAGACGUCAGCCUACAAGAUAAACUUCAUGCAAGAAAGAACCUGUGAGAAGUUAUGUGCAAAGACUCUGACCAAGCAGGAGAAGGAUAAAUUUCGGAACAUGAUAGCUGAUGAGUACAUGGUGAACUGGAUGGUGGACAACCUUCCAGCUGCGACCAGAUAUAGUCAGACAGGUUCAGACUUUGCUUACAUGAACGGUUUCCUCCUGGGCAUCGCGCAGAAGGGCAAGUACUACCUGCACAAUCACGUGGGUUUGGACUUGGAGUACCAUGAAAACCCCGAGAAAUACGAGGGCUUUCGUAUUGUUGGAUUCCAGGUAGAACCGCGUUCCUCUACACCGAAAAGUGGAGAGCCGGACUGUUCGACCAGCGCGGUCGCAUUCGAUUUGGAUUCCUCAGAUGACGUGGUGUUCAGCUAUUCCGUUCAUUGGAAACUGAGUCCUGUGCGCUGGGCAUCUCGCUGGGACGCGUACCUCAAAGUGACGGGUCAAGGCCAAAUUCACUGGUUUGCAAUUCUGAACUCUCUGAUGAUCCUUCUGUUCCUGUCUGGCAUGGUUGCCAUGAUCCUCCUGCGAACCUUGCACCGGGACAUUGCGACCUACAACCAGGUGCCCACAGAGGAAGAAGCCAAAGAGGAGACAGGUUGGAAGCUGGUGCAUGGUGAUGUCUUCCGAAAGCCGCAUUACUCCACCUUGCUUUGUGUGGUUACCGGCUCCGGCAUGCAGCUUCUGGGUAUGUCCUUGGUGACCAUUCUUUUUGCACUCCUUGGCUUUCUCUCACCCGCGCAUCGCGGAAGCCUGCUUCAGUCCAUGAUGCUGCUCUUCACCUUGAUGGGAGUGGUGGGCGGCUACACGUCUGCCCGCCUGUGCAAGGUGUUUGAUGGAGACGAGGGUCGGUGGAAAAUGACAACCUUCUUGCAGGCCUUCCUAUUUCCAGGAUUGUUUUUUGGCAUCUUUUUCGUUCUGAAUCUCUGCAUCUGGGGCGAGAAGUCUUCUGGUGCGGUGGCCUUUACCACCUUGUUCGCCAUUCUGGUCCUCUGGUUUGGUGUGUCAGUGCCUCUUGUUUUCUUCGGGGCCUACACAGGAUUCAAGCGAGAAAGAAUAGAGCUGCCGGUGCGCACAAAUCAGAUUCCGCGAGCGAUCCCUGAGCAGCCAUGGUACAUGCAGCCCUUGGCCACAUCGCUUGUGGGUGGCAUCCUGCCAUUUGGUGCUGUGUUUACGGAGCUCUUCUUCAUCAUGUCUUCCAUUUGGCUGCAUGAGUUCUACUAUCUUUUUGGUUUCCUGGCCCUGGUGCUGGUCAUCGUAAUGGUGACCUGUGCUGAGAUCUCCAUAGCCCUGACUUACUUCCAGCUUACCUCGGAGGAUUAUCGGUGGUGGUGGACUGCAUUUGCAGCAAGUGGCAGCUCCGGAUUCUACGUCUUCCUUUACUCCAUCAUGUACUUCAAUUCCCGGCUGCAGAUUCGUCACUGGGUCUCUAUCUUGAUGUACUUCGGGUACAUGUUCAUCAUGUCCAGCAUAUUUGCCCUCGUGAGCGGCGCAGUGGGAUUUCUGAGCACAUUCCAGUUUGUAAAAGGCAUCUAUGGCUCCAUCAAGAUUGACUGA